AAAGCGUUAAAAAUUUACAACCUUUUAAAAUGCGCGAAAUCGCUUUCGUUUUCUUGCUAUUGAUGGCUUGCGCAAGCGCCUACCCCGCCGAGGAGAAACAAACUAACGAGGUAGUGCCGGAAAGCCCACAACAAGUGGCAGAAGUUGGACAUAAGCCGGAAACUGCAACAGAUGUAGUAGCUCCAGAAGCCUCCGAAGUCGUCGAAAUGCCGGAAUCAGACGCAACGAGUGCCCAACAGCUUUUGGACCUGGACACUGGGGAGCUAGCAAACGGCGAAGCAGCUACAGAUUUGCCUCAGCUCCGCGGCGGUUUCGGCGGCUUCCGUCGUUAUCCCGGGUAUGGCAGAUAUGGUGGAUUUGGCGGUUAUGGACGCUACCCCUAUGGCGGCUUCGGUGGCGGAUUUGGAGGUUUUCCUUAUGGUGGAUUUGGUGGCUUUCCUUUCGGCGGAUUUAAUGGUUAAGAAUGCAGAAGGAAAAGCUUGAGUUAUGUUAAAAACUAAAGUGCCAGAAAAAUAAAGUGAAAUACAAAUGUAAAGCAGUGAA